CUUUCGCUCUGAGCUCUCUGCUUUCACACCCCAUCAAAACAUGAACUCCAUCGCGCUCAAAUCCUUCGUCGGUCUUCGGCAAGUGUCGCCGGAGAAGACCCAGUUCACUGGCCAAGCUAAAGUCAUUACUAUCCGCCACCGGAAGCUCAAAAUCGUCGCCGGUAAGUACAGCCCCCUGGUCUCUGGUCGGAAUCUCCGUGUGGCAGUCAUUGGUGGUGGUCCCGCUGGCGGUUCAGCCGCCGAGACAUUAGCCAAAGGUGGCAUCGAGACAUACCUAAUUGAACGCAAGCUCGACAAUGCCAAGCCAUGCGGUGGAGCCAUUCCGCUCUGUAUGGUCGGAGAGUUUGACUUGCCUUUGGACAUCAUCGAUCGCCGUGUCACGAAAAUGAAGAUGAUUUCUCCGUCGAAUGUUGCCGUCGAUAUCGGUCAAACCCUCAAACCUCAUGAAUACAUCGGCAUGGUUCGGCGCGAGGUACUUGAUUCUUACCUGAGGGACCGGGCCAAGGAAAAUGGGGCGACCAUCAUAAACGGGUUGUUUCUGAAAAUGGAUAUCCCAAAAGACAAGAAUUCCCCCUACGUUUUGCAUUUCUCUAGCUACGACGGGAAAACCGGUGGGGUCGGUGAAAAGCGUACGCUGGAAGUGGACGCUGUGAUUGGAGCUGAUGGGGCUAAUUCCAGAGUCGCCAAGUCUAUUAAUGCUGGUGACUACGAAUACGCCAUUGCUUUUCAGGAGAGGAUUAAAAUUCCGGACGACAAGAUGGUGUAUUACGAGGAUCUUGCAGAAAUGUACGUGGGUGAUGAUGUUUCUCCAGAUUUCUAUGGAUGGGUGUUUCCAAAAUGCGACCAUGUGGCUGUGGGAACCGGCACCGUGACUCACAAGGGAGACAUCAAGAAAUUCCAACUUGCUACAAGGAACAGAGCAAAGGACAAGAUUCUAGGAGGCAAAAUCAUCCGAGUAGAGGCCCAUCCCAUACCAGAACACCCCAGACCAAGAAGGUUGUCGGGGAGAGUAGCACUGGUCGGUGACGCUGCCGGAUACGUGACAAAAUGCUCCGGCGAAGGAAUCUAUUUUGCGGCAAAGAGUGGAAGGAUGUGUGCAGAAGCGAUCGUGGAAGGCUCAGAGAAUGGGAAGAAGAUGGUGAACGAAGAUGAUUUGAGGAAGUACUUGAAGAAGUGGGAUCAAACAUAUUGGCCAACGUACAAGGUGUUGGAUGUGUUGCAGAAGGUGUUCUACAGGUCGAACCCAGCGAGAGAGGCGUUUGUGGAGAUGUGUGCCGAUGAGUAUGUGCAGAAGAUGACUUUUGAUAGCUAUCUGUACAAGACGGUGGCGCCUGGGAAUCCAUUGGAGGAUUUGAAGCUGGCCGUCAACACCAUCGGAAGCUUGGUGAGGGCUAAUGCACUCAGGAGGGAGAUGGAUAAGCUUAAUGUAUGAACUCCUAUCAUUUUAUAAGUUUCAAAUAUGGUUCUUAGAAUGCAAAGCGAUUGAACUGAGACCCUUUUUUUCGGUUCAGCCGUGCUGGAAAAUUAGAGAUUCCAGCUUUAAGUUGUAUGUAUCAAUGAUGAUUUUUCUCCUGUUAAGGGUUCAAACUGCUAUAUGGUUGUAUCUAACUGGAUAUUAUACAUCGCCAGUGGGAAAAUUAUGUCAUGGAUUGGCAGAUUCUGAA